UCUGGUUGAGAUUACAUUCAACACUUUUAUAAGUAACUCCUUGGAAAACCAACUCAUAAGCCAUAGAGUCAACUCAAAUUUGUCGUUGGUCCGCCGGGACUAAUAUACUGAUACGAAUAUAUCCUUUUGAAAUCGGCUGAAAUGGUGAUUGUGCAGGGAAUGUUCGAGAUCUCGGAGCUGGUGGCGAGCUGCGUUGGAUGCGUGGGUCUCUACAUGGCCGGCUGCAAUGCCCUGCCCAUGCAGUAUGUCCCUGAUCUUCCGGCGGCUGUGUUCGUCCUGUCGGCGGUGUUUCUGAUACACCAUCUGAGGGUGGUGAACUUGCCACCGCUGCAGGAGCUGUGGCGCCUGCUACUGGAGCUGGUGGCCUUCUACCUGUGCACCCAGGUCCUCGUGGUGAUCGUGUGGCAGCAGUUCCACACCCUGAUGAAUAUGCUGCGCGAUGCAGCACUUGACACUCGAAUGGCCAUGAAUCUCUUGGAACGCCACCCCAAGGUAUAUAUGUUUAUGCGCCAGGAUGUCUGCUACUUUGGGAAGCUCUUCGUGUCCUUGCUGGGCGCCUACAAAGCGGUAUCGGUCACUCACGCCCUGGAUUAUGCUUUUCCACGUCGCCGGGCUUAUAGAUACUACGAAGAUCAAGACGCAUUCGAGAACUUCGCUGACAGUUGCGGCCCCUCCACCACAGGAGUGCCCUCCAAAGUGGAUUAAUCUGCAAGUCACCAUUUUAUGCUUCAACCAACACACUAAUCCACACGGGACAAGGUGAACGGCAGUCCGGGUGCAGUGCACCCAAAUCGAAGGCCGGAUUCAAGAGCAGUUCACGCUUUCCAACAUAUUUGCAUGCUUGAAAGAGCAGAAGCAGCACGUACACAAAAUACAUAACUUAGUUUUGAAGUUUGGCGCUUCAUUCGACCGUCGAUUAACGGUUGCCCGUUAAUCGAGAGAGAUAGAUAAAUCGCCUGUGUUCCAUCUCUAGCAGAAGAGAAGAUCGCGAAGAAACAUUAAAAUCGGAAACGAACAAUAAAGAAAUUAAAUAAUUA